AGACCCCCGGCUGGUUAGGUUCAACCCUAGGCAGCUCGUCCAUCGUCACUCAAGGAAUCCGGACCUGGACACGCUUUUGCUCCACUGUGUUGACCAGCUCGUGCUAGACAACCAAGAGAGUCGGCCUAAGGGUACCGUAGUAGUAGAUAAUACCCUAGCCUUUAGGUCGGUCCUUUUUGAGGAGUACGGGACCAACUUACGCACGUGGCCUGCGCUCCAGAGGGGCAUCUAUGCUCCGGGGAUUAGGCAGUACGUAGAAGAAUCCAGCCCCGAGUCAGAACCGGACCUAGAACCUUCGCCAGUUCGCGAGAUAAUCGUCCUAGGCUCUUCCAGCUCGGGGGGUAGGGUUCCCUUAGUAUUUGCUUUCUUAUUGCCUUUGAACCUUUUGUCCUUAUUUCUGCAUGAUUGCUACCUUGUCAUGACCAUGUUUUUUGUUCUUAGCAGAAGAGAUGUCUCAGCCCGGGAAUAGCCUGCGGGGCGUUGUGUUCGGUGGGAAUCCCCCAGCAGGGCCGAGGUUAAAGAGGCUUCGCGAGUCCAAGAGCUCGGCCGGGGCCUCCACCAAAUCCCCGACUAAGGAGAAGGAGAAAGCCCCGCCAUCCCAGGUCGCGGGGGCGAACCUCCCUGUUGCCAGGACAGGGCUCAUGCACCCGCCACCCCAACGAUCUCCACUAGCCGCCCAGGAUGGGGUAAUAGAGGUCGGGAAUCUGGUCGCGGCAGCCCCGGAUGUGCGUAUCCAGGUCGACCCCCGGGCUCUGGAGAAGAUGCCCGAAGCAUUCCGGGGUACGGUGUAUGAGUCGGCUAGCUACGCCGUCAGCCAUUUCUACAAUAUCAGGGAGAAGGAGCUCCAGGCCAUCGAAACAACGAGCCCGGUCCGAGUUAUAGAGUCUGCGAUGGACAUGACCUUAACGGGCAUGGCUGCCGCAUAUAGAGGCAUUGUUAGGACCAAGGCCCAGCUCGAGGGUUUGGAAGCUGAUCGUCAGACCGCCCUCCAGGAGUCUCAGGAGGCGAGAGACGCGCUGGCGGCCUCUAACGCCGAGCUAGAGAAGAUCCGCUUUGAGAACCAAGAGCUUAAAAAAUCCCUGGCCGCAUCGCUGACAGAUCUUGAGGCGGCGAAGGCCGAAGCCCAGGCCUCCCAGGCCGCCCUGAAAGACGAGUGGGUCGUAUCGGAGCAGUCCUUACAAGACCUGUUCUAUCACUGCUGGUCCCACAAUCCGGACGCGGACUUUUCUUUCAUGCCGCCGGACCUCUGGGCAUUAUUGUUGCCGCAGCUCCAAGCCCGCCUAAAUAAGGAGGUUCCUCCAUCGGAGACUGGAGAGGCCUCUGUCGCGGCGGAGCAGGAUGAGACCGCGACCUCCAAAGGGACAACUGAUGGGGCUUAGGACACUUCUCGUUUAAGUAUUUUGAACUCUCUUUCUAUUGUAAUUCUCUUUUUUAUGUGAGGCGUUUCCGCCUCGAGACA